UAACGUCCACCGCGUAUAACAGCGUGGCACUUUCGCGCGCAACCAGCGAACCGAGUGCGGAUAGUGCCCAACUGGAACGAGGCAUGAUAGCCCAUACGACACCUGCACUCUCCCACCGCAGUACUCGAUACAAUUGACCACAGCCUGGAUGGCUUCCAUAGCCGCGAUGCCUCCAACCCCGCAGCACUCCUUCACCCAGAUGGUGCCCGCUGGCUCCCCACAAGGACCCUCCAGCCAGCCUAAUGGUGCACCUUACGGACACGGGUACAAUCUGUCUUUCGACUCGCAACUUGCAGGCCAGCCUGUCUACAGUCAGGGCUUUCCCAAUGGCCCAGUCUCAAACCCCGGCUAUCUCCGGAGCUUUGGCGACGGCUACGGUCCCGUCCGGGACUAUGCUGGGAAGCCACAGAUAUACACCGCCGUCUACUCGGGCGUGUCAGUGUAUGAGAUGGAGAUUGGCGGAGUAGCCUGCAUGCGCCGCCGUAGCGACGGCUGGCUCAAUGCAACACAGAUUCUCAAAGUCGCAGGCGUCGACAAGGGCAAGCGCACCAAGGUGCUGGAGAAGGAGAUCCUGACCGGCGAGCACGAAAAGGUUCAAGGCGGCUAUGGCAAGUACCAAGGAACCUGGAUCAGCUACCGGCGAGGCCGCGAGUUCUGCCGUCAAUACGGCGUGGAAGAUAUCUUACGGCCACUCCUGGACUACGAUGUGACUGCUGACGGCUCAGGCGGUCAUGGGCAGGAGACGCCAACUAAGGAGCAGGCUAUGGCUGCCAACCGAAAGCGCUUCUACAACACCAAUCUCGACAGCAGGCCUCCACAGGGUGGACCAGUGACUAAUGGAACAUUCUUCUCGAACAUCUCGCCUACCACCUCUGUCGCGCUCGCAGCAAUGAACAAGGCAGCCCGCUUGCAGUCACCGGCACCACGACCGCCAAGCGCGCAAAGACCGGCUAAUGUUCGGCCGCCGUCCCAGCAGGAUGCUUUCCCAGGGAGCCAGCAGAGUGCGGCGUCACAGAUGAGUAGCGAUGCUGAUGCCAAGUUCGACUCCGGAUACAGCACGCAGCCGAAUGGCACCGAGCCGCCAAGGAAGCGCAUGCGGCAUGACAGCCAAGAUGGUAUGGGCCCGCCAAACUUGCCGCUCGAUGUGUCCAUGCGCUCAGUGACUCCAACCGAGCCCAAUGAGAGCUUCUUCUACGACGGCGGAGUAAGCCACGAGCUCACUCGUGACGGCGAGCCCAUCGCGCAGCCUCCACAUCCAGCACCCAGUAACGAUGAGCAACAAGAAAAGUUAAGCUUAGUUCUGGAUCUCUUCGCGGAUGCUGGACGCUCGGACUACGCCACGCAUGAGGCGCUCACUAGACUGUCCGGCGAGGAUCUGAACAUGCCUCUUGACCAGUCCGCUAACAACGCUUUGCAUUGGGCUGCCACACUCGCCAAGGUGCCGUUGUUGAAGCUGCUGAUUCAGAAAGGAGCCAACAUCUGGCGUGGCAACGCUGCUGGUCAGUCGCCACUAAUCAGUGCCGUACUUGUCAACAACUGCUGGGAGAAUUCGUGCUUCCCGGAACUUCUCGAGCUUUUUGGUCCGCUCAUCGAAGUGCGUGACGCUCAAGGACGGACCAUUUUGCAUCAUAUUGCAGUGUCUUCCGGCAUCAAAGGCAGAGCACCCAGCAGCAAGUACUACUUGGAGGCUCUGCUCGAGUAUCUUGUCCGCAUAGGCACGCAGCCGAGUGUUUCGGCGAACCAUGCAGGUGCUCCAUCUGUGGCUGCUGCUGCAGUGGCUAACAUGAAGGCUCGUGCGAAUGGAGACAUGUCCAGCCAGGAGUCUGCAGCUUCAGCGCCAAGUCACAAGGGCGCACUCACCCUUGUCCGCUUUCUGUCCCAUAUUGUCAAUGCGCGCGACAAGGCCGGUAAUACCGCGCUGAAUCUCGUCGCUCGUAUUGGAAAUCGGAGCAUCAUCCAACAGCUGCUUGAGAUCCACGCAGACCCGAACAUGCCCAACAAUAAGGGCGUCAGCGCGAAAGACUUUGGUGUUGGACUUGAGCCAGGCGAGCAGCCCUACGCCAAUGGCGGGCUGUCAAGUCAACAGUACACUCAGCAGCCGAUCGGCACACAGGACACGAUGGUCGUUGACGGCGAGUCUGACGGUGUUGACGGCUCGGGCGCCAGGGUGGAGGAUAUGGGUCACGAUAUGCUAGAGACAAUGUCUGCGAUGUUGUCUCAGAACCUUACCGCGCACAAAGAGCUGUUGCGCGUACGCACCGAGCAGAUCGAUCAGCUUAACGUACAGAUCCGCAAUUUCAGCGCCUUGCAGAAAGCCGACCUCGAGCAUCUUCAGCAGUUAAAAGAGCGUGUAAAGCUCCGAAGCGAACGACAAGCUCAAGUGGCGAACCUUAAGCGUGCCAUAGCGGAACGACGUACGAACGCCGCAAAGCGAACGACUUCUGACGCCGACCUCGACAACGAAUGGCUAGACCAUAGCAGUCAAGAUAUCCUCGCCUCUAACACGCCAGGAGGCUCCCCCAACGCAUCCCAACGCCACUUGCUGGAGAACAGAGUGCCGUCACCGAAGUCUCUGCGAGCGACGCUCAAUGCGUACGUGGCGAGGAAUGAGCAGUUAAGGAAGCAGGCAGAUGAGCUCAAGAGCCGCAGCAGUGAGCUCGAGGGCAUGUACCGCAAGGUUGUGUCACUUUGCACUAAUGUGCCAGAAGAUAAGGUCGAGGAGAGCUUGCCCGCGCUUGUGGCGGCGGUGGAGAGUGAGCGAGGUGCUUUUGGGGAGCAGGAAGCCGGUCGUCUCCGAGAUUUCCUUAGGAGAGUCGACGGGGCUGUCGGAGGCGGUGGUGGUGGGAUCGGUGUUGACAGCUGAGUUAUGGUUUACUCUUUUCUGAAGUGAAACCAUAUAUCAUUAUAAGGAGCAACAGUAUCCUUGAAUACCGCUGUCAGUGUCACUGAGGCGACGCAGUCCGUGCUAUGCUUUAUCGACGGGGUUUACCAAGGCACAGAGCAAAUGGAUCCCGCACCACGUAAAAACAGCCCUCAGCGAAUUGCCUCUCGCGUCAAACCUUUGGU